CAUAUGUACAACGGUUUUUUAUUUUUACUGCGUUCCGCAACUUCAGCUGGUAUCAUUUCAAGUAGGACGGAGCCGCGUAUUUAUCUAUCUAUCUAUCGUGGAGAAGGGUGUGCCGUGCCGGGUUUCUGCGGUCCGCAUGCCCCGGGCGUCCUCUGCUGUACAUGUAACCAGCAUGUAACUCGCGAUCGAACAGACCUCAUGUACUUGCCUCCAUCUGAAUAAAUUCACGCAAUGAUUCCAAUCUACCCAUCUGUUCCCUCUAACUUGAACUGAAAUGUUGUUUGUUCAAUCAAGUUCAAAACUCCUGUUUGGAUUCGGUCUCACUGUGGCAAUACAUGCUUUCGAAGUAAUUGCGCAGGGUCAAAUGAACUUUCCUGUGACGGUCAACAUCACAUCUCCAAUCACGUUGGCUGUUCAACCGCUAUGUGGAACGCUUCUGUCUGAGAAUUUCACGGAGGUCAAUACAGGUAUCAAGCUUAGUCCGACAAGGACUAUCGUCGCAUUCGGGGACUCUUGGACGUCUAACGGAGCGAAUGGGACAGUCCCAGUACCACCAAUUAUGUGGCCGCCAUCCCCAUCUGCAGGUUCUCAAUUCACCGAAAAUAGAAGAGCCAGCAAUGGAUUUAUCUGGGUCGAGGAUAUGGCAAAUGAACUCAGUGCGAAGUUAUUGAAUUACGCCUGGGGUGGUGCGGUGAUCGACAAUCUGGCGUAUAAUACGACGUCCCCCCUAAACGCAACUGGUGUACCACGUACUGACUUUGUCGCUGAAACCAGUCUAUUCCUUCAACAAGGCAGGUUUCUCGAUGCAUUAAUUCCCGAUGAAACACUCUACACUGUCUCUUUUGGAAUCAAUGACGACGGACAAUUCAAAAUAGCUGGUGGCAAUAUGACCUUGGCAUAUGAAACCUAUGUCGCUAAACUUGGAGAACUCCAAGCCCAAGGCGCGACGAACAUCUUGAUACAAGGAAUGUACAAACACACCCCUGAAAUCGACCUCCUACAGAAUCAGAUCUUUGUCUACCUGCGCGAGUCAAACACUGUCAAUGGAACCAACGUCGCUUUUGUCAAUCUUGAGCGCCUGUUUGAUACCAUUGCCUCUGAUCCCUCUGCUUUCGGGUAUCGUGGUAACGCUACCUGUUUAAUCAGCGCAAAUACGAUCGUAGGAGGAUGUGAUGAUCCUGAUCAUAGUGUUUUUUGGAUUCCUGGCCACCCAUCCCAGAAUUCGCACCGAUUGAUCAGUGAAUAUACAAUGGCCGUCUUGGAGCAAUGCACAGCAUAAGGAGCUGAUUAGUUUUAGGCAAUAAGUAAACUAUCGGUCAUUGUGUGGAUAACUCCGCUACGUUGUGUACAUGUACAUGGACUCUUACGAUUUUCGCGCAAAGACGAGACCCCACCUUCAGCAGGAGUAG